CUGGCAUCAGCUGACAUUUUCAUAUUAUACUCUGUGCCAUGGUAGAAAAUAACACAAUGAGAAUCAGAGAAUUGGAACAUUGGCAGACGAUGCAGCCUUCAGUUGUUCACACAUUUUGCGUCUCUGUGAUCUCCCACGGAUAUACUCUUUGGUUUCCCCCAGAUUUCCCCUCUCCCCUCAUGAGAGGGAAACUGGAAAAUGAAAAAAUAUAAUAGGACGAAGGCGGGAACCGGCAGGAACAUUGCCAACUUUGCAUUGUUAUUGUGAUAGUGUGAUCUGGUGUGAUCAUAGAGAAACUUUUCUCUACGGUGUGAUAUGGCCUAGAAGUAACCGGUUCUGAGGUUAUGUGGCCCUUGCAAAUUGAGAUUUUUUAUUCACGAACGUCACGUUGAAGGCGCGAUGUAUCAAAUGGCGCGACUUCAAAAUAUUUAAUUUUGUAUCAUUUUACCGAUCAUUUGUGUACUUUUCUAAUAAUUGACAAAGUGAAUUAACCAUGAAGACAGUAAUUUGGUUCCUUGCCACAGCUGCCUUAAUUUUGGCAGUUUUGGUUAAUAUCGAAAGUGAUCCUUCUCUUAUAAGUGUAACACAAUCCACUAUUCUAAAUCGUUACCACAGUGAUCUAUUUCAGUUUGUUUUACAUCCUGAUACUGUGGAAAUGUGGUUUCUGUGGAUAUCACACUUUCGAUCAGCGGAUAAAAGACCAGUGGGUGUUGGGAAGCAGUAUCAAGCAGUAUACAGCUUCCCUUUCUUAGGUGAUCAAGUUUUGUUGUUUCAAGUGAAAAAAUUUGUACCUGACACUUGUUUAGUUUUGGAGUCUGAAUCCUUAUUUAGACCAAGGUUUGAAGUUGAGUCAAGUCCCGUGAGCAGAGGAGAGCAGACAAGAUUGACAUUCCGAAUUUCAUUUCGACGAUCUUCUCUUCUUUUUCAGUAUACCAUGGGACCUAUUCUCCAAGUGUUAGCACGCCAUUACAUUCAAAAUUCUCUCACUUUUUUACACAGUAUGUAGGUGGGCUACAUGUUACUGACAUUGUUCUGAAGUGAUUUUGAAUAUAUAUAUUGGUGAAGAAUUGAAUAAGUCUUUUUGAUGGUGUUCAAUUAUGGAGUUCCUUGUGUGUUACAAGUCAGUAUUAAGCCAUUGUUCCUAUGUUUAUAGGAAGACACUUCAUCAAUUUAUGUAAGAUUUCAGGAUAAAACCAUGAUGUUUUGAGUUACCUAUAUCACUAUGUAAAAUCUCUUCCAGAUAACAGAGAGGGCAAUAAUACUUAUCACAGCACUGCAUUGAGGAUAAGUUAUGAAAAUAAUAUUUUCUUUUUCUUCAAUUAAUUACCAAAUUAAAUUGUUUUGUCAUAUAAUAAUUUAUUUCAAUAUGAGUGACUUUCGUAAAAUAAAAGGUGAAUACUUGGUACUUAAUACCAGUAUUUCUGGAUAAUGCUAAAAUAAUGAUACUUUAUUUUUAUUUAUUUCCUUUUUCAUAAAUACAUUGAGUUUGUAACUCUUAAAUAAAAUAUACUAUUAAUGUGGUUUUCAUUCCUUGAUGAUAAAAAUACUUUAAACAUCCAAUUUUUCUGAAAGUGAUAUGUGGAGCGAUCUACAGAUUUCAUUUAAAACAAUCAGUAAAUUUAUAAGCAAUUCACUGACAUAAAUUGUUACAGGUUCUUAAUGAACUCAUUUCCUGAAUUGACUAUUGAAUAUCAGUGCCCAAAGCACUAUUUCUUAAGUAGAUUGAGAAAUAUUGGAAAAUGAAAUUUUGUGUCGUAGGUAUAUGUGAAAUCUGGAAACAUUUUGUUCCUGAGUUAAAGAAUUAAGUAAUGGCAUUUGCAUUCUCACAAUUUUUUGAAGUAAAAGUUUUUAAAUAUCUUUCAAAAUAUUGAAUGUACCAGUAAGCAAAAUGGUAAUGAAUUUUUUUUGUGAUUGUAUUUCUAGUCAUUCUCUAAAAGUAUAUUUUUCUUUUCUUUUUGGAUGUUUUCAUUUGAACUGUGGAAUUCUCAAUGUCAUCUAUCAACAUAAUUUUAUAAAAUCAUGCAAAAUUAUUAAUCUUUGUUGAUUGUGCAAUUCUUUUCUAUGUUGUAUUGUUAUUUGGACAUAUCCAGAAAGACUAUUUGAAGUAUACAUUUUAUUAGAAUUGUUUUAAAAAUUAAAAUUUUACAUUUUCUUACCAAAGUAUUAAUAUGGCAUAAUUAAUGUGGUAGGUUAUUUUUGGAAUAUUAAGUGCAAAUUUCAUUCCUAAUUUUUUAGCUUUCUUAAAUGAUAUAAUGUUUAAAUAGAAGUACUAAUACAUAUUAUUAUUAUUAUUAUUAUUAUUAUUAUUAUUAUUAUUAUUAUUAUUAUUAUUAUUAUUAUUAUUAUUAACUUGAU